AUGAGCUGUUCAUGCAAUGCCUCUGCUCCGAGGCUUUUUGCGCGUGGACUAGCGCAGGUGCAUCGCCCGGAGCGUGGCAUGUCCUUUGCCCUACCCGCUCGAAGCGCCGCCGGUGCCCGCUUCGCCGGCGCCUUGGCCUCGCAGCAUCGCUCCCUACACGCAUCGCGUGCGCUAAGAAAUGCCGAAGAUUCUACGCUGGUCAAAUCGAUACCAGAGGAGCAGCCAGCGUCUACGGAAGCCUCCGAGUCUCCCGAAUCUCGCACGCCGCCAGAGCCGGACCGCAACACAUAUCCGAGAACACACGAGGAGGUCAUGACGGAGGCUAGAGCGAAAGCUGCCUGGCGUUUCAAGCAACAAGGCUUCGACUGGAAGGCUUUCAGGUCCAAGGACCCCGCUGUUCGUGCCACGGCCGACUUUUCGAACUUUGAUUGGGAAAACUGGCAAGGCAACAAGCACGCCGGCAGGGGUCUCCACAAGCUUGUCGACAGUCUGGAAGCGGCUCGCGCCGCGGGUCGUGCUGCUAUCGGACUAUCAGACGACGAUGGCUACGGUAGUCGAUCAUACGACCACAGGAAACGCCAGGCUGAGUGGAGAAAGAUGAACGCAGAGGCAAUGGAGCAACACAAUCAAACUCUCGAGGCCGAGGCGGCCACGUCGCCCAAGAGGGAGCAGCGACGGACUCACGAGGAUGAUGUGACCCCGUUCAACAGGGAGCAAUGGCAGAUUCAAAAGAACGAAGUGACCCGGCCGCCCAAGAGGGAGCCCUGGCAGAUUCAAAAGGAGGCGUUAAAGGCCAAGUUCCCCGAGGGCUGGAGGCCGCACAAGCGGCUCUCGCCCGACGCGCUGGCGGGCAUCCGCGCGCUCAACGCGCAGUUCCCAGACGUGUAUACGACACGGACGCUAGCGGAGAAGUUUGCCAUGUCGCCCGAGGCGAUACGGCGCAUCCUCAAGAGCAAGUGGACACCGACGGCGGACGAAGAUGAGGAUCGCCAGGCGCGCUGGCAUCGCCGCGGCAUGAAGGUCUGGGAGCACAAGGCCGAGCUCGGCAUCAAGCCGCCCAAGCGCUGGCGCGACGAGGGCAUCGCGCGCGACCCCGAAAUUCACGCGCAAAAGCAAGCUCAGCGCAUCGAGCGCCAGGAGCGGCCCCACAAGGAGCGCGACGAGUACAUGCGCAGCUUUGCAGAGAUUGCAGAGGUUAAGAGACUGGAGGCGGCGGGGGUGAAGAUGGACGAGGACGAGGGAGAGGCGUCGAACGGGGGGCACGGGCGCCGACGGGAAAAAACACCGCACUGGAUGGGCCGCGGAAGCAAGAAGGGCAAAAAGGAUCUUGAUCAGGCUCUUCGCUCCGGGCGCCGCAAAUGA